CGCCGCCGCCUCCCGCAGCCGGGCGGGGGGAUGCGCCGGCAGCCGGGGCCGCCCGAGCGGGCCGGCCGUGCCGCCGAGUGAGGCGGGAGCCCGGGGCUGCGGGCAGCGGCGCUGGAGGGCCGGAAGUGCCAACUUUAUAUGGCUCACAUGCAUGCUGACAACAUGCACCACCAGUGGCUGCUGCUAGCUGCAUGCUUUUGGGUGAUAUUCAUGUUCAUGGUUGCUAGCAAGUUUAUCACAUUGACUUUUAAAGACCCAGAUGGCUAUGGUGCCAAGCAAGAGCCAUUGAUUCUGACAGCUGUGACAAAAGUAGAGGAGGUACAUGUGCCAGAGGAAAAACAUUGGCCUGAAGAAUUCCAGCCAACUGGAAAAGCUUUUUCAGGAAAUCUGAUCCGCCAACCCCUGGUUCAUAUGGAAAGACUUGAGCUUCUCAGGAAUGUCUGCAGAGACACUGCAUUGAGAGAUCUCUCUCAUACUGCAGUUUCCAAAUUCGUCUUGGACCGAAUAUUUGUGUGUGACAAGCACAAGAUCCUGUUUUGUCAGACGCCAAAAGUGGGCAACACUCAGUGGAAAAAAGUCUUGAUCGUUUUAAAUGGAGCAUUUUCUUCCAUAGAAGAGAUCCCAGAAAACAUUGUACAUGAUCAUGAGAAGAAUGGCCUUCCACGCUUGUCCUCUUUCAGCGACUCUGAAAUUAAAAAACGACUGAAUUUAUACUUCAAGUUUUUUAUUGUUAGAGAUCCAUUUGAAAGACUUAUUUCUGCGUUUAAGGACAAGUUUGUGCACAAUCCUCGAUUUGAACCUUGGUACCGGCAUGAAAUUGCUCCCGGUAUCAUCCGUAAGUACAGGAAGAACCGCACAGAGACCAAAGGGCUGCAGUUUGAGGAUUUUGUGCGCUACCUGGGGGACCCUAAUCACCGAUGGCUGGAUCUUCAGUUUGGUGACCACAUCAUUCACUGGGUAACAUAUGUGGAACUUUGUGCUCCCUGUGAAAUCACAUACAGUGUGAUCGGACACCACGAAACCCUGGAGGACGAUGCUCCGUAUAUCUUGAAAGCAGCUGGCAUAGACCACUUGGUAUCAUACCCUACAAUCCCCCCAGGCAUAACAGUGUACAACAGAACAAAAGUAGAGAGGUAUUUUUCAGGAAUUAGCAAGAGAGACAUAAGACGCCUCUAUGCACGAUUCGAAGGCGAUUUUAAACUCUUCGGUUAUCGUGAGCCUGAUUUCUUGCUUAACUGACACCUGGGAUAAGAUCUGAAAAAGUGUCUCAUGGAUUAAUCUAAUCCUAUGUGAAUACCAGCUACAACACUGGCAGAGCUGAGAAUGACCAUUUGUUUUCUAGCUUUUUGAUGUUGCUCCACUUUUCAGUGAAAUAUUUGUCAUAUGAACAACUAGGGGCUUACAGUUGUUGUUUCCUGACCAUGUUUUCAGUACAUUAUUGCAAUCUGUUAGGAAUUAUGUCUCUGUUAUCUAAAAUACAGAAUUUGACUUCUCCCCUCUUCCCUCCAGGAAAAAAGAGGGAGAACAAAUGGGCUAUGAUCUUCCUCUCCUCCCAGGCAGAAUGCCACUUUUGAAAUGUUAAGUAUUUGUAAAGGUGACAGUUUCUCUGUAGGUUAACCCUCACAUGUGGGUAAACAUAAUGAUUCUUGCUCAUGAGAAAGUCAUGUAGUCUCCCAUGACCUUUGUAAAUGAGAGGCCAGUACAAGACUAGAAAUUAAUUAAAUGCUUGACAAAUAUAACCAUCUAGGUUCUGUCAUGUGGCUGCUACAAUAACGCUGAUCUAAUCCCAUUCUUGUUUGUCAAAAAAUGAACCUAAUUAGACAGAAGCUUUUAGGGAUGUACAAAAAUGAACUGGUUCCCACAUCCCAAUAGUCUCUGUAUUUUUGUCAAGUGUUUAUUGUAUUUACUACUGGUGUAUUGAGCCUCAUAAUUCUACUUUUGAUUUUCAAUAUAUUAUUUAACGCCUGGUUAUGUAAGUUAUGUGAGAACACCAGCUGCAAGUGGAGCAUAGAAGAAAUAUGAAACUGAUAAGGAAACUGUUAAGAAAAAUUAAUUUAAAGUAUCAGUUGUAUUUGUGGGAGCACAUAUAAUAAUCACAAGAUGCUUUCACACAAUUUAACUUGUCUUUUCUUCUAACAGUUAAGAUUAAUAAAGAAGUUACAAAAGAUGUCAUAUUAAAGAGCUGCUUACUUGGAUUAAAGAUCCACCUUUUUCUUAUAUCCAGCCUUGCUCAGUUCAGUACCUCAGAUAACAGAAAGUUUAUCUCCUCUGAAAAUUCAUCUCCCUUCUGCUAAAGGAGAGAAGGAGACAAGAUGAAUCCCUGAUUUUUCCAGUGAUUCACUGCCACGGUGUCCCAAGUCAAAAAUUACUGACAUUUAUGUUACUGAUAUGGUAAAUUAGCUAUUUGCCAAAAGUUUAAAUGUUGCCUAAAUUUGUGUACCCAUUUUAUGCAUUAAAAAAAAAGAACUGAGUUGA